GAAAAGAAGAAUCGAGUCCAGGAAAGCCAUGGCGCUGUUAGACUGUUGGAAGCAGUUGGCCUGGUUUUACAACCAAUAUCUUCUGGUUACGGCACUCUACAUGUUAGAGCCAUGGGAAAGAACGAUUCUCUUCUAAUCUCUGUGGCUGGCAUGGCAGUAUACACUGGAUAUAUCUUUAUGCCGCAGCAUAUCAUGGCUAUCUUGAACUAUUUUGAGGUCCUCCAGUGAGAAGAUGACCCUGGCUCUCCACUGGCUCUUCUGGCUGUCUGGUUUCCUGUGUAUCUAGUUUCCAUCCCACCCACUCCAUCCCAGUGCCGAUCUACUGUCUCCUGGGUUUACAUCGCAGAUGACCACUCAUGUUAAGACUGAACUUCUGUUUUUUCCAAAAUUGUGCAUGUUUUUCUGAACACCAUUUAUUAAUCCUCUGUUUCUCCAUAUCUAGAAUCUUCUUUAUUAUCAGCAGUAUUUCACUUGAAAGCACAGUGCUUUCUUAAUUUUGCUCAGGUGCACUGUACAUUUUUUCAAAAGGAAUAAUAACUUGGUAGUUAGAUGAAGAUAGUCGAAAUUUCAUUCCAGUUAGACAUCAGAUCAUUAUCGUAGAGUUUUUCUGCUGAGAAGGAAAUCCAUGCCUAUUAGCUCAAUGCUUUGCAUUUCUAUGUUAAUAUUUCUUUGUAUUAAAACAAAUGACAAUUUAUUGUUUAAAAGGAAAAACAUUAAACCAGCAAUGCAGAAAAGAUUUACUCUGAACAAUUGAGAUUGAGUUUUUUGGGGCAAAAACUGAAUCUUCAGUCCACAGAUUCAGAUGCUUAAAUAUGCAAUUUCCAGGACUUGCAUCCAUAUACCAGCAAGGCAAAGGUUGCAAAGAGCAAAGUUUUUGUGAAAACCCCUUUCACAGAAAGAGAUUUACUCUCUCUUAAAUGGAUUUUAACUCCUUUUGUGAAGUGCUGCUGCAAGUCAAGUUUUUUACUAGAUUUUAUUUUUUUUAUGUAGACUUUCAAAAACUUUAGCUUGGCUGUGCAAGUCAAAAAAGACUAAGGAUUCAAGUUCUGUUCUGAGUCCCUUUAUUGUACACAAAUACAAUUACAAUAUUUAUUUUGUAUGUGUCCAUGAUAAAGAAUAGUCAACACUGCAGGUUGAAAAGCCUGCCAGAGAGUUUUUAAAGUAGCUGUACCCACAGAAGACAUUUGUUUAAUGCAACAUUCCUUAGCUUUAUUUUUUUUUUCCACAAGCAAAUUUCACAUGUUCUCUUUAGACUUCAGUUUUUAAACAAAUUAAUGGAAACCCUGACUGAUAAGUCUUGAGGGGAAGGUAAGAUUAUUGAAUGAUCAUAACAUAAGUCCUACAUUUUAGAAGCCAGGCAGCAGUUUAUCAAAAAUCAGACUUAUUUUAAUCUGGGGUGGAGCUUUUGAUAAUGCUUUUAAGAAAAUUAUUUUUCCCCUUAUGUGGUGAUUUUUAUUUUUUUUAAUGUUUGUCAUGUGUGCCCCUUGCAAAAAUGACUUUUUCCUCAAAUGUGUGUAUAAUCUUGUAUGCAUAUUUUAAAACUUUUGUAAUGGGUUGUGCUAUCAUUAAAGAAAUAUGUUCUUAGAACCUUAUUGUAUAAUAUAUAGAUGAAAUCAUUAAAAAUAGAUUUGACAGUCAUGCUUGUUUUAUAUGAACUUAUUCUUAAUUUCAUCCUGACGGUGCUGUGCAUUUCUUACGUGUUAAAUUCUAAGGCUAUACUAAGUACUGUAAACAAGUCUAGAAAGUUGCAAUAAACUGCAGCUUUUUCAAACGUUGCAACAAAUUAUGAAUAGAUAAAUCACUAAAUUGUGAUUAAUUUGAUGUAUUUUGGAUAUUUUUAGUCAUGACGGAUACAGAUACAAGAUGUUUAAUUUGCCUUGCUACAGAAGAAAGAUCUUCUAUAGCGGCCCGUUUUACAAACAAUCUGAAGAAGGUUUUGACAGAAGAGACUCUGUUUUCCAAUUACAAUCGCAUGAAGAGGAUGGCCAGGGUUGUCCAUAAUGUUUUUAAUUUUAAGCAUAAUCCUUCUUUGCAUCAUCAUCUCCACAGUCAUUCCCAGAACAGAACCAGUGUUCUUGAUAGGGUUAUUAAACCAGUCAAAUUAUAUCUGUGACGCUUCUCAGUCAUCCAGGUCAAGAUUAACCUUGAAAAGUUCAGUUAAACGUGAAGUUUUCUUGAAAAUGUUUCGCCUCUCUUCCAGAAAGUUUCUUCAGUUAAUGAUGAUGGGGAGCACCGAGAUUUAUAUAGUGUAGGUGUAACAAAGUAAUUAGGAGGAAAAACAAACAAAAGGUGGCUCUGGUCCCUCCUACUAGGUGGGCCUGGCGGAGUUUAAUAGUUUUUAGGGGGUUUCUGUUGGGCCGUUAACUCCCUCGUCAGAGUGGUUUCAGUCACAUGCCUCUUUGAAGUGUGAGUCAGGUGAAGGCAAAUGAGAGGUGACUCUUCAGGGUAUUGUUCCUAAAAGUGUUUUGUAUGAAGGGCUUUGUAGUACUUUUUAUGUGCAUAUGUGUGUACCCAUGAACCCCUGAUGACUUAUUUUUGCACAUCUAGUGACUUGUGAGAGAGUGUGUCUACCAUGCCUACCACAUGCAUUAUGCAUGUUAGAGGUAAAUGCUGACUGUUGUUCUUGGCUUAUUUGUUUUUUAAAUAUUAUUUUAUUGUUGUGUUUUUUUUACAUAGUUAUAUCUGCAUGUGAUGUGAUUACAUUUUCCUGUAUGUAUUUGCGUGAGCUGUGGCUGAAAAGGAUUUGAAUCCCUAAUACUGAACACCACUGGGCCCAUCAACUUGAAAUCCAUUGUUUGUCUCAACAAUGUUCAGAAAAGGACUAAAACUGGACCUUACUGUUAAAAACAAGUUCAUGCACAAGCAUGGGGCUAGAGAGUCAAGGGAAGUUCCAAAUAUUUGCAUGUUUAACAUAGUAACGUUAAUAGUUUCUUUAUUUUCGAUACAUUAGUGUUCAUUUGAUAUGAUACCUGUUUAAACAUUGUUAUGAGGAUGGUUUUAGAUGUUUAAAGUGAAUGCAAAUAUUUGUUUUUAGGUGAUGACAGGCUCCUUGACACCUUGGAACAGCCGCAAUCCCUGUGCCAAGGAUUCAAAGCUCCCCUUGGGGCUUUGAACUGAGUAGAGAGAGUGACGUUCUUGUUGAGAGCCAGGGAGUAUUUGAUCAGUUUGUCAGUGAAAGAUGGCACACCCCUUCACCGAUCAAAGAGGUCCUUUUCACUUCUCAGUUCACAUAUUCUGCAUCAAGUUCAUAAGAUGCCCUGUUCUUAUGUUCUGAUUCAGGUUUAAUUUGUGCUUUUUUGUCCUGUGUUUUAUUUACUGUUUUCAAUUUAUCUUGUUUUUAAUUGUUGGAAAUAGCUUUUGUUCAGUGUAUCUUCAGGUCUUACAGGCAUGGACAUGGUAUGAUAUCAUUUGCAGCAGGUAAGAUGGCACCCACUAUCUCACUGUACUCCUCAACAACUGUCUUGUGCCAGUAAAGUUUUGUAAAGGUUGCGUAAUGAUAUUAUUAUUAAUAAUAGUAAUAAUAAUUAUAACUUUGAUUCAUAUCGUGCCUUUAAAUAAAAACCCAAGGUUAAUUUACAGUGAGAAAUAAAAGAUGAAUAAAGGAGAUACUGUUCCUAGUAAAUUGGCUGUUCAGUUUAACAAUUGAUUCCACCUAUUCCACCUUG